GCUCUUGGGGUGCUGUGCCUUCCAGCUCCAAUAGGCCACGUGUUGGGGGGCAACUGGCCCUGAUCUCUGGCCUUGGCUCCCUCUGUUCCCUGGGGCUGUCCGAGGUGAAGGUGAUAGGUAGGGGAGGCAGGUGGAGAAUUGGGCUGGUGAGUCAUGGCAAAGGCGCCCAGUUGGGCCUGGGGGGUGGAGGGUGCUCUGGCCUAUAAAGCCCCCGAGGCCCUGUGGCCUGCAGAGACUGUCAUGGACGGCACCAUGGAGAGUUCCGAGGCAGUACAGAGAGCCACAGCACUCAUAGAGGAGCGGCUGGCGCAGGAGGAGAGCAAGAAACUCCAGGGAGAUGUCCACCAGAAGCUGCCCAUGAACUUGCUGGUGCUGGAGGAUGAGAAGCACCACGGGACCCAGAGUCCAGCCUUGCAAAAGGUUAAAGGCCAAGAACGUGUGCGCAAGACAUCCCUGGACCUGCGCCGGGAGAUCAUUGAUGUGGGUGGGAUCCAGAACCUCAUCGAGCUGCGGAAAAAGCGCAAACAGAAGAAGCGGGAUGCCCUGGCCGCCUCUCAGGAACCACCUCCAGAACCGGAGGAGGAGAUCACUGGUCCUGUGGAUGAAGAGACAUUCCUGAAAGCCGCUGUAGAGGGGAAGUUGAAGGUUAUUGAGAAGUUCCUGGCUGACGGGGGCUCAGCUGACACCUGCGAUGAGUUCCACCGGACAGCACUGCACCGAGCCUCCCUAGAGGGCCACAUGGAGAUCCUUGAGAAGCUUCUGGAGAGUGGGGCCACUGUGGACUUUCAGGAUCGGCUGGACUGCACAGCUUUGCAUUGGGCCUGCCGUGGGGGCCACUUGGAGGUGGUGAAACUCCUGCAAAGCCGAGGAGCAGACACCGAUGUGAGGGAUAAGCUGCUGAGCACGCCCCUGCAUGUGGCGGUCCGGACAGGGCGUGUGGAGAUUGUGGAGCACUUUCUAUCCCUGGGCGUGGACAUCAAUGCCAGAGACAGAGAAGGGGACAGUGCCCUGCAUGAUGCUGUGAGGCUCAACCGCUACAAAAUCAUCAAACUGCUGCUCCUGCAUGGAGCUGACAUGAUGAGCAAGAACCUGGCAGGAAAGACUCCCACGGACCUGGUGCAGCUGUGGCAGGCUGACACCCGACACGCCCUGGAACAUCCUGAGCCAGAGGCACAGCAGAAUGGGCUAGAGGGGCCUCCUGAGAGUGGGCGAGAGACCCCCCAGCCUAUGCCAGUCCAGUGAAUGCCUGCCCCAGAUCAACCAGGUCUCUGGCCCCUUGCAUGGGCAGCUGGAGCGUUUUAAGAAUGGCCCCCAGAGCCAACUGAGGACCCAGCCACUCCUCUGCACAACGCCGGAGGAUGCACCAACUACCAUAAUAAAAAAGUUGUUUUGCUA